AUGCAACGUUUGAAAGCCAAAGGAAAACAGAAAGCAACUACUCCAAAUACUUCAAGGCCAGGUACUCCAGCUAAUGACACGGACCUUGCCUAUCAACGAACGCGGGAUGGUUUCAUUGAGAGCCUCAAGAUUGUCAAAGCAGCGACCGAGGCUACCUCAUUUCUAGGCCCUCUUAAAGCUGUCUGUGAGAUUUCUAUUCAAUUCCUUGAGGCAACGAGGGCCGUGAACGAGAAUACGAAAGGGUUCACAGUACUCAGGGAGAGUGUUUCAGUACACAUCCGCAUCCUGGAUGAGGGAUAUACCCAGUUUGAGGGAGCACGGAGAGACCAAAUGCCCGAUGCUCUUAAGGAUUUCGACGAUGCAUUCAAAGAUUACGUCACCACCCUAAAGAGCAUCCUCAGUCGGAUGGACGAAUUAAGGCAGGAUAGGGCUCAUGGCGUCAAAGGACUCCUCAGAAAGAUAGCAGACGCCAAAGUGGAGACCGGAAUCAUCACAGACUACAAGCAAGAAAUUAUGCAAGCCACGCGCGUAUUCGAGGACAUAACCAAGCUUUGCCAAAUUCAGCUGGAAGCAGAAGUGUGGAAGAUGGCCCGCCUCGGCCCCGAAAAGCCUCGUCCGAUGGGUACUCAGCACAAGACAUGCCUGCAGGGUACACGUGUGCCGAUUCUGACGGAAAUACGAGAAUGGCGCCUAAAUCCUAAUGUUGAGAAGCGCAUCUUCUGGCUCUGUGACAUCGGCGGGUCCGGAAAGUCCACAGUGGCGCUGACACUGUGCAAAGAGUGGGAUAGCAUUCAAGAAAUUGUGGUCGGUCGCUUCUUCUUCUCAAAAAAUGCUCGACAGACGUCAGAGACGGAUGACUUCUGCUCGAUUGUCGCAGAGGAUAUAGGUGCUCAGGACGGGUUCAUCUUAGAGCAGAUAAAGAGCAGGAAAGCAGAAGAUCCUCACCUCUUUAUACGAGGAAUCCGUCAUCAGUUCACCAAACUCAUCGAGGAGCCGUUGCGUCUUGCAAACACCACUAUCGUCCUCGUCAUCGACGCGGUUGAUGAAUGCAACAAGGAGAUGAGAAGAGAGCUACUUAACCUGUUGGUCGAGAAAGUUUCCUCCAUGGCGAAUCUCAAGCUCUUGAUCACGAGCCGUCCUGAGACUGACAUUAUCGCCAUACUUCAAGGAAAGGCUAUCGUGAGAGGGAUGCAUUUCAAGAUGCAUGGCAAGGAAGACCAAUCCAACUUGGAUGACAUUACCGCCUACGUUAACAGACAUCUCUUCCGGCUGCUCACCAUGUCUCAGCGCCAGCAACUUGUACAGCGCUCCAAUGGCCUUUUUAUCUGGAUCACAACGGCACACCUUGAGUUGCAACAAGCUCAGGGUCCGGACGCGGUUCGUGCUACUCUCGAGUCACUGUUGAAUCGAGGUGAGGGCGGAGAUAUCAACCAAGUGUAUGCAGGAAUUAUUCGUAGACUUCAGCGAGAAAAGUCUUACGGAAUCAUACACAAGGUUAUGGGUAUUAUUCUGGGCUUGUUCGAGCCAGUAUCGACUGAGGCUCUUGCAAAGAUCACCGACAUUGCACACUCUCAGCUUCAACUGAUCCUGGCGUCAAUACAGAGUGUGUUUCGGAUUGAUAAAGUUGUCGAAUUUCUGCAUCCUACAUUUCGAGAGUACCUCGUCAGCUCACAUAAUUUGGAUCGGCCAUUUGACUCUGCAACAUUGCAGUCGGACUUAGCCAUAUCCAUCCUUGGAGUUUUUCAAGAGGAUCUCAAGGAGGAUAUUUGUGGAAUCUGCCAGCCAGACGAACCUUACCCAGACAAUGCACAUGUCUUGGACUUGGAUGGGCGUCUAGAGCAAGUAUGGAGAGCAUCCCCAGCGCUAUCGUAUUCGGUCAGGUACUGGGGCUAUCAUACGGGCCCCUUUAUCACCGAGGAAUGUGUCAUCAAAGUGCUACACACCUUCCUAGUGACUCGGGUUCUAUAUCUCAUCGAAUUGCUGAGCUUAAUGGGCCAGAUACAUCUCAUUCAAAACUUUGAGGAGGUCCACCAACAUCUUGAGAACCAAGGCCUGGGUGCGUUCGAAGCUGAGCUAUGUCAGGAUGCAAUUAGGCUUGUGCAGAGGCAUCAGAAAACACUCGAGAAGAGUGCACUGCACGUCUACUCGUCCGCACUCUUAUAUCUUCCUCGAAAAACAAAGCUAUGGAUGGUAUACGGAAAUAAAUUCUCGGGUCGGCUCCCAAGCAUCGCUGGAGUGCCAUCAGAGAAUUGGCCCUCAUAUAGGACUCUGGUGGGAAGCAUGUCGAUGCCCCUAUGUCUGGUAUUCUCACCAAAUGGACUCCGAGUUGCGUCUGGGUCUGCGGAUCAUGCUAUAAGUGUAUGGGAUACAGUAACUGGUGCAAUUAUUGGAAUGCUUGGUGGACACACCGGUGCGGUCUGUUGCCUCGCAUUCUCUCUAGACGGACUACAGAUCGCGUCUGGAUCUAAGGAUCAAACUCUACGACUCUGGGAUGCAGUAACUGGCACCUGUAUUGAUGUGCUGGAAGGACACACUGACAGGGUGACUUGCCUUGCAUUCUCACCAGACAGUCUCUAUAUUGCAUCUGGGUCUCGUGAUGCGACUCUAAGAUUUUGGGAAGCAAAAAUUGGCACAUGCAUUCGAGUGCUUCAAGGACACACAGAUGAAAUCUCUCUCCAAUUCUCACAAGAUGGACUCUGUAUCAUAUCUAUAUCUUGUGGUGAGACAACUAUACGAUUCUGGGAUGCAACAACUGGCGAGUCUAUUAGAGUCGUGGAGGGGCACACCAAUGUAAUCUGUUGUCUCACAUUCUCGCCAAAUGGGCUUCAGAUUGCGUCUGGGUCUCGUGAUAGUACUCUACGACUUUGGGAUGCAACAAAUUACACGAGUAUUCGAAUGCUAGAGGGACAUACUGACUCAGUGGAUUGUCUCGCGUUCUCACCAAAUGGGCUUCAGAUUGCUUCUGGAUCUCUUGACCAAACUCUACGACUCUGGGAUACAGUAACAGGCUCAUGUGUUCGGGUGCUAGAGGGGCACACUGGCGAAGUGUAUUGCCUUGCCUUCUCCCCAAAUGGGUUCCAGAUUGCAUCUGGGUCUCAUGAUGCCACUCUACGACUUUGGGAUACAGCAACUGGCACGUGUACUGGUGUGCUUGAGGGACACUAUAAUCAAGUAUCGCAUCUCAAAAUCUCACCGGAUGGGCGCUGUAUUAUAUCUGCUUCUCAUGAUGGAACCGUACGACUCUGGGAUAUGAGACCUGGCAUACAUAAUGGUGUGCCUGAGGGACGCACUAUUGUCGAUUGUCUUGCAUUCUCGCCGGAUGGACUAUAUAUAGCAUCUGGGUCUAAUGGUGGGACUCUGCGACUCUGGGAUGCAAAAACUACCGCCAUUAUUGGAGUGCUUGAGGGUAACGCCAACGGAGUGUCUAGUCUCAAAUUCUCGCCAGAUGGUCUCCGUAUUGCAUCCGGGUCUUUCGAUGGGAUUAUAAAUCUCUGGGAUGUAACAUCUGGUGCAAGUAUCAGAAUUCCGAGGGCACACAACGGAGAUAUUUAUCAUCUCGCAUUCUCGCCAGAUGGCCUCUGCAUCGCAUCGGCAGCUGAUGAUAGUACUCUACGACUGUGGGAUCAUAUCGUCUCGUGGCUACUUCCAUUUUACUGA